CUAAUUUUCUUUUGUUUCCUAAGCUCUUUGCGGAUUUGUUUACGUGACUUUUGUAAUGAUGUCGAUUUAUUUUUUGGAUUUAAUCGUUUAAACGAACCCAUUUUCUAUAGUGUAAAAUAAAUUAUCAAUUUCUGUGAAAUUUCAAAAGAAAACAAUUUCUUGGAAACUUAUUUUUUAUACAAGCGUAUAAACUAUAACGAAACAUAACCUGUCUUCGUGAUUUAUUUCAUGAGCAACACGUGCUGCGAAAUCGACGAAAAUCCUAUACGUCGAAAUAAGAAGUUCCACUCUUAUGUUUCGAUAUUCAAUGAUGUAAAUUGUAUCUUGAAAAAUAGAGGACCAUUUAUUCAAUCUUUGCUGUGAUAUUCUCAGUUUCAACCUUUGUACAGAUAGCCGAUUACAACCACGGUGUUGUCCCGAAAUGGCACACAAUUAAAUUAGUUGAGUGAAGUAAAAUACAUAGUUUGUAAUUGCAGUAUUAGUUUGUUGUGUAUUUUUCACCUUAAAAUAUAACUGCAUUAGAGUGGAUUUUCAUUUAAAUUGCAAUCCCUCGAAUGUAUAUAUUUUAACUGUUGAUACAUGUAGAUAGGUACGUAGAUCUGUAUUCGCUUACAUCCACAAGAGGGUAGUUGAAAAGGUUGUUUCUUGGAAGAUCGCUUUUCACUUUUAAACGGUGGAAGUUGGGAAGUCGAUGUAAAUGUUUGAAAUUUUGACGAAACAUUAACAUGUAUCUAAUGAUGAAAGCGUCACGUAGUUCUGUAUUAAUUAACCUUAAAAAAAGCGUGAUGCAAAGGCAGGCAUUUCCUUUGUUUAGUAAAUGCAGCUUUUCUUCUCAAAAGGUGUAUAACAAUAAAAUAACUCGUGAAUCGGUUAUUAUACCAUUUCCUCCAUUGACUCAACCUAUACCUAAUUUACCUAAAGCAGUCUAUGCUACUGCAAAGGAGGAACAUCAAACGACUAAAGUAACAGUUUUACCGAAUGGAUUAAGAGUUGCUUCUGAAAAUCGGUUUGGUCAAUUUUGCACAAUUGGAGUGUUACUCGAGUCUGGUCCUCGAUUUGAAAUUGCAUAUCCUAGUGGAAUCUCUCACUUUCUGGAGAAAUUAGCAUUUGGUUCUACAAAAACAUACGAUAGCAAGGAUGAAAUAAUGUUGGCAUUAGAAAAGUAUGGUGGUAUAUGCGAUUGUCAAGCAUUUAGGGAUACAUUUGUUUAUGCUGCUUCGGCUGAGCGCAGAGGAAUAGAUACAGUUGUGCAAAUAUUAAGUGACAUUGCGUUAAGACCCAAAAUAACAGAAGAAGAAUUAGUUACAGCAAAAACAAUGAUUAGAUUCGAAUUAGAAUCUUUACUUACAAGACCGGAGCAAGAAUCGAUACUUAUGGAUAUGAUCCAUGCGGCUGCGUACAGAAGCAAUACUCUUGGUCUUCCAAAAAUAUGUCCGGAAGAGAACAUUGAUCGCGUAGACAGAAAAAUAUUAUUAGAGUAUUUGAAACAUCAUUAUACACCAAAGAGGAUGGUAGUGGCUGGAGUUGGCGUGGAACACGAACAUCUGGUCUCUGCAGUUCAAAAACAUUUCGUUGAGAAUAAAACUAUUUGGGAAGAAGAAGAAAGAGAAAAGAAGAAUAACUUGGUAUCCUCGGAAAAAGAAAAACUAUUAAAUGCAGUUGACACGUCUAUUGCUCAAUAUACCGGAGGCUAUAUAUUAGAGGAAUGUAACAUACCCGUCUACGCAGGGCCGAGCGGUUUACCAGAAUUAUCUCAUGUAGUAAUAGGUUUGGAAGGUUGUUCGUAUCAAGACCCGGAUUUCGUAGCAAUGUGCGUUUUAAAUAUGAUGAUGGGUGGAGGUGGCAGUUUUAGUGCUGGUGGGCCAGGCAAAGGAAUGUAUACGCGUUUGUAUACAAACGUGCUUAACAGGUAUCACUGGUUGUAUAGUGCUACUGCAUAUAACCAUGCAUACGCUGAUACAGGACUCUUUUGUAUUCACGCAUCUUGUACACCGUCUCACGUUAGAGAAAUGGUAGAAGUUAUCGUGCACGAGAUGGUUGCUAUGACUAGUAAUAUUACAGACAGCGAGUUGGCGAGAGCAAAGAAACAAUUGCAGUCUAUGUUACUUAUGAAUUUGGAACAAAGACCCGUUGUCUUUGAAGAUAUCGCACGACAAGUUUUAGCUACUGGAUCUAGAAAACGGCCAGAGUACUUCAUACAAGCAAUCGAUGCUGUGUCGAAAGAUGACAUACACAACGUAGCACGGCGUUUACUCAAAUCACCUCCUUCUGUAGCAGCUAGGGGAGAGGUAAGAGCGGUGCCGCCUAUCGGAGAUAUUCAGGCCGGAUUAACUGACGAGCAAUUGAUAACUAAUUAUCAUUUUUUUGGUAAAAAUUAAAAUAUUUUUCGUCUCAGAUUCAUGUGCUUUUUCUCUUCGACGAUAUUUCUCUAGACGGAUCGUGUUAAUGAAAUUCAAAUUAUCCCUCUUUAUUUUCGAAUGAAAAUCAAAACAUAUUCUCAAUUAUUGAAAAUGGACAUUUCAUAGUUUCAACUUUCUGUAGUUCACGAUCAAAGAAUGUUAGUCCGUUUCACGGUGUGUGUUAUGUAUGGAUUCAAUCUCGUUAUUCGAACAAACGUGUACAUAGUACUUAGGAAUAUCAUUUCUUCUAUAAUAAAUUCACUACCACUCGAACAUAUUAGAGUAUGCUAUCGAUAUGCCGCAGAUGCAAACGAAGAAAGCAAGACUUUCUAUAAUAUUUUAAUAGUGGCAGCGAAUGUAUUAAAUUGAUGUGAAAUAAAGAUGACAGGGUUUCGAUGUCUGUCACGUUUUUCUGUCGAAAGUUUUGGAGUUAGUCUGUGUUACAAUUAUUUAUUCAAAUAAAAUAAUUGAUUUUAAACAAUUUAUAACAACUUUAAUUUAAAUACAACAAUAAAUAUAAGAAAAGUUUUUUAUUCGAUAUUCUUUUAUUUCUGUUUUAUAACCUUUUCCUUGCAGUUGUUGUUUAUUAUGACAAUUGUAAUGGAAAAUUUGCACGCUCCAGAUACAACAAAGAAAUCGAAUGAAAAUGAUCGUCAUGGAGAUUAAGCCUCUGCUUCUUCCAAUGUUGCAAGGAAAGAUGCUUUCUUCUGCGCUACGCGGUUCUUUCUUUCUGACAAAGAAAGUUUCGCACGGUUCCAUCGUUUCUUUACGGGUAGUUCUUUUUUCGUGACCUUCGUGUGUUCAGGAUUUGCACGUAUCGUUUCAUGAGCAUGUUUAUAGAUGCCUUCAAUCUAUUAACAAAAACAAAAACAUAUAUAUACUUCCAAUAAAACAUACAUUGUAAUACUUUUAAUGUAACAUUGGUUAAUAGGAAAAUAAUGUAAGAAUCUAUACAUUUACUUUCUAUAACCAAUGUACUUACUAUGGUCCAACUGCGACACUGCAAAGACUUUAAAGCCUGAGAGUAAUUAUUAGUUGGACGAACUCAAUAUUAUAUAAAACCAUGAGUACUUACAUUGUCAGCAGAGAUGCCAUUUUUAAUAUAUUGCGAAAAUUGGCGUUUGAAAACUUCCUCAUCCUCUUCUUCCAAUUUUUUCAUAUAAUUUGCAACAUGUUGCCCGAAUAUAUGGUACCGAUGAAUAUCAGCAUUUAAAGAUUUGGACUCGUUAUCGUAUCCGGGAAACCUCUUGGUGCUACCCAUUGAAGAUAAAAGAAAAUUAAUGAGACUACUUACGAUAACCCCAUGCAAGCGUAGUAUACGUGAUUUUGUAUUAUCAGAGACACGUUUUCUAAUCUUUACCGUCUGUGCAACAAUCGUACAGUGUAUUGUAGAACACAAAACAAAGUCACGACUCGCUAUGACUCAGAUGACGCGCAUGUGUCAUAAAAUCAUCAUAACUUCCGUAUUCGGUAAACCUUAGAUCAUAUAAAAUUUGUUAAAAGAUAUACCUAUGUGGAAUAUUUAGGCCACCGUCAACAGCACCUUUCAUGGCACCAAAAACUCUAGCACCUGUGGUAGUUCUCAUGAGACCGGUAUCUAAGUAACAUCUGAAUGCCCCUGGUCCUUCGUCUAAUUCUUCUACAUUAUAUUCACCACCAGUUACUUCUGUUGUACCGGUGUAUAAUGUAUCCAAGCCCAAUUUUUUUAAUAACUAUCCAAGAAACAUUAAAACAUAUUGUUCUUAAUCCACGCAUACAUACAUACUAUUUCAGUAGUUCAAUUUUAUAAUUUUAUCAUUCAGAAUCAAACAAUAGGGAACAAUAGUUUUCUUCAGAUAUGCAUCAAAGCGAGCUGAGUGUUUCAUCAUGAAAUAAAAUAUGUGUAACUAGAUAAAAAAUUAAUGUUUUAUAAUAUGAGAAAUCUUACUCUUCGAGCUAGAAGGAGUCCGGUACAAUAUGCAGAAGCAUAAUUUGUAAGACCAACUUUAAUGCCAUACUUUGGAAGUUCAUGACUGUAAGCUGCGCACACUAUUCUAUCUCCUUCGAUUCUCGAGUAUGCCACCUAAUUAAAUGUAUAAUAGACUUUAUCCUAAUGA